AUGUCAGGAAGCAUCAUCUUCAGCGCCAUUAAUUUGACCAAUGGAUGCUACCAGAUCUUGAUGCGACAGAGUGACAUACCACUCACUGCGGUGUUCACCCCGAGUGGUAUGCUAUGGGAGUGGCUGGUGAUGCCACAGGGAUUGAAGAACGCACCAGCCACUUUCAAUCGCAUGGUAUCUCAAGUGUUGAGACCGCUUCGAGACUUUGCUCCUAGCUACUUCGAAGACAUUUUUGUCCACAGUCGCGCUGAGGACAACCUCAGUGCUGUCCAAGUUCACCUCCAACACCUGAAGCAGGUGUUUCAAGUCAUGCGAGAUAACAAGUUAUAUGCAAACUUGAAGAAGUGUGUAUUCUGUGCACCGGAGAUUCUGGUGCUGGGCUGCUACGUGAGUAAAUCGGGUGUUCGAGCCGAUCCAGAGAAGUACACAAAGGAUAACGCCGGUUCUAUACAGCCCCUGUCGUCGCUUCUGAAGAAAGACGCCACGUGGUCGUGGCGUCCCGAACAUCAAGCAGCCUUUGACGCAGUGAAGAAGAGCCUGGCGUCGGCGCCAGUGUUGAUACUCCCUGACGACACCAAGUCGAUUCACAUGGUGUGUGAUGCAAGUGACUUUGCAAUUGGUUGCGCCCUCUUGCAGUUCGAUCAUGAGGGCCGUGAACGAGUCGUGAGCUACCAGUCACGACAGAUGAAGCCGGCAGAGAAGAACUAUCCGGUUCACGAUAAGGAACUGCUAACGAUGCGCUAUUUACUCAUCAAGUUUCGCGUCCACCUACUGGGCGAACGCACGUUCGCCCUGUAUACUGAUCAUCCAUCGCUGCUAACAGCAAUGAAGAGCCCACACCUGUCACAGCGGAUGGCACGGUGGCUCUCUUUCUUCUCCGAGUACAACUUCGUCGUGCACUACAAGCCAGGCAAGACCAACAUUCUUGCUGACGCACUGUCACGACGCCCAGAUUACGAUCCUCGUAUGGCACUGAGUCGUCAGGCAACUGACGACGAAGAUGAAGACGAUCGAUGUGCGACGUGUGUGUCGUUGAAUCUAACUCGAGUCACACCCGAGUUAUGCCUUUUCGAUGAAACUGUCGCGGCUUACGCGAACGACCCGGAUUACGCGGACAUUAUCGCCUAUCUGCGCGCUCCCAGUGAGGCUGCACUGGGAGCUCUUUCGCGAACGAAGCGUGUUCACAUUCAACGAUACAGUAUGGACGGUGAUUUGCUGUUAUAUAGCAUCGACAAAUUCGAUGCACCUCGAACGGUGAUUGCGAAUGACUUGGAUUUGCGUGCUCGUAUCAUCCACGAGUACCAUGAUGCCCCAAUUGGCGGUCAUCUGGGCCGCGAAAAGACAUUCGCGGCUGUCUCGCGUGACUUCUUCUGGUCCCACAUGUACAAAUGGGUUCGCAACUGGGUUCGCACCUGCGAAAUAUUUCAGCGCGUGAAGCCAUCUCCAUCGUCGCAGGCACCCCUGCGACCCCUGCCAAUUGCAGCUGAGGCUUGGAGCUCAGUCUCAAUGGAUUUCAUCUUCGGGCUUGCACCAGAUGGCCAAGACCAAACGGGUAUUCUGGACUUUGUCGACAUUUUCAGCAAGAUGACACAUCUGGUGCCUGUUCAUGCAACGAUCACCGCGGCUGAGACCGCGGUGCACUUUAUUGACACUGUGUUUCGCCAUCACGGUCUACUAGACAACAUUGUCUCGGACCGUGAUCCUCGUUUUACAUCUGCUUUUUGGACGUCAUUGUUCGAGUUGCUUGGCACAAAGCUGCAAAUGUCGACAGCAGCCCAUCCGGAAACGGAUGGGCAAACAAAGCGAGUUAAUCGGGUCCUCGAAGAUGUUCUUCUAAGUUACGCAACGUCCUUUACAAGUUGGAGUGCGUUUUUGCCACUCGCGGAGAUUGCACUAAACAACGCGGUUCACGCGUCAACGGGGUUGACGUCAUUUUUUGCACAUUCGGCCCGUCAUCCUCGUGUACCUACUCUUCUUGACGUGGGUCAGCCCACGGCUCUUCGUGGCUCCACUCUGGCGGGGGGUGAUAACGAUAAACAACGAUCGAGUGAAGCUCACGGUAUUCUGAGCGCGAAUAUUGUCAACCAUUCCAAGGCGAAGUCUUCUGUUUCGACGCCACGUGACGUGGCGUCCCCGCUCGCUCAAUGGACUGCACAGACGCUGAUCGAUCCUUCUUCGAGUAUGCGAAACCCUAACGCUAACUACGCGCCGAUUGAAUCGGCGCGACCAAUUGAUGACAUGGCUGUGUCAGAGUUUAUACUCCAACGUCAAGCCAUAACGAGGUUUGUACGCGAUACUCUUCGAUCUGCAGUGGAUAAACAGAAAGCGAAUGCAGACAAACGUGGAAGAAAGAGCACGAGUACAUUCAAGAAGGGUGAUCGUGUAUUGUUAACUACCGAAGGCCUACGAGAUUCAGCAGAAACCAAUCUAGGCGCGAGCAAACUCGCGCCACGUUUCAUCGGACCAUUCACGGUACUCAAGGCGAUCGGCGACGCAUACACGCUGGCCAUCCCUUCGUCACUGCGACUUCACCCGACGUUUUACGUCGGGUGUCUCAAGGAGUACCGUCCAGCUACGCUUCACGGGUUGGCUCCGUCCUCGGAGUCAAAGGCUCAUAGGUCGACCUUCCCUCUCGCCUUGCUCGACGCGCCAGCGACAUCGGACACGGCUGCGUCCCAGUCUGCGCGUGCCCAAGAACCUGGCGUUCCAGGUUCCGCAUCCGUUCAAGCAGCUUGCUGUUCGACUGUCGAAUCUCGUUCGCUGUUCUCUCAGCCCGCGCAGUUCGGUCAAGGGCAGCUUCAGCCUCCAGCUGGGCAUCAACAGCCUUGUUCACAGCCGCAUCUACAUCGUCCUGGGCAACCAGGACGCCAGCAGUACCAUCGUGAGGGUCCACCACCGCUUGUGGACGUGGAAGGCCAGAAGCGCUGGAUUGUGGAGCGUUUACUGGGUCACGAGGACCCUCGUCGCGAAACGACAUCGUCGCGACACCAUGAGCGCGCGGUUCCAAUCGCGCGCAAGUAUCGUGUACGUUGGCUCGGGUUUCCACCCGAGCAGGAUACGUGGGAACCGCGCUCUUCGCUUCUUCGAGACGUUCCGGACGUCGUUCGGGCUUACGAGUCCCUGCACACGCUUGGUGCAGACUUGGUCGACGACCUGUGUGUUCUCGCGGUGAGCGAGAACGAGAUGCACGACGACGGGGUCUUGGUGAAGUGUGACCACGACUACGAGACCGAGAGCGACUGCGAGAACGUCGUGGUGACGUUUCACCACGACGACGAGAUGAAGAGCGACGACGAGAAUGUCGCGACGAGCGUGUAUCGCGACGAUCACGCGAAAGAGAACGUCGUGGCGAGUGCAUGGCACCACUACCUCGAGAACGCGAUUGGUGUCGCCAGCGUGACGCGCCACGAUUAA